UCUCUUCAAAUCAAAUGCACAAAAUUCUAGGUUCUAUUUUAUCCAACGAGAGGCCUGGAAACUUCCAAUGUCACGGAAAAAAAAGAUGAUUUGUUGAUGAUUUCCCUCUUCCUAUUUACAGUCGUCUCGUCUCGUCUCCUUCCUUGUAUAGUCUGUCAAUCUCCUCCACCUAAACCCCAAGAAAGAGAGAGCGGGAACUGGGUUAGGUAGUAAGAUGAGCUCUUCAAGCUCACCUGGUCGAUCUCGAGGAGGAGAAAAGGAGCAAAGAGCAAGGACUUUUGACACUGAAGCGAAGAAGAUGUGCUGGGCCAAGGCGGAGACUGUACCUGGUCGACAUCCCGAACGCUGGCGCAAAGAUUCCGCCGGAAACGUUGUCUGUAAACGCUUUGCCAAUUGUCAAGGCUGCCUUUGCUUUGAAUAUGACCACAUUAUUCCCUUCUCCAAAGGGGGUGAGUCCAUAGUGGAGAACUGCCAGAUCCUUCAAACAAGGGUAAACAGGCUUAAAGCCAACAAGGAUGAGAUUGAUAUUAAUCAGCUAAAAAGCUACUCUUGCGAUAUCAAGUUCACUGACUCUAUAUUCUGCUGUUUCGCAAUAAGUUAUUACAGAACCUACCUUGUGACACAACAGCUUAGGCAACUUCAGAUUAUGGAUCUGGUAACUGAUAAGGAGCUCGAUGUAAUUGAAAUGGCUGUUUAUGGGGAUGUUAUCCGCCCUGGAAACCAAUGUCGUUGUAGAACUGUUGCAGAACUGCUAGGCCAAUACAAGUCAAAGGAUAUAUCUGCUCCCUGCAAGUUACCAUAUGCUGAUGAAUCCUUAUAGCAAAGGGAACUCAGGGCUGGAUAUACAUUUGUCCAACAACAACUACGCUUCAGUCCCAAACAAAUUGGGUAGGCAUACAUUUCACCAACAACAACUACCCCGCAGUCCCAAACAAAUUGGGUGGGCAUACAUUUCUCCAACUUCAUUUUUUUUUUCAGAAGUCAUUAAUAUGUUGCAUUUUAAAAGCUUAAAGUAGAGUUUAAAUUCUUAGGUAGCUCAGCAGCCUAUUGAGUGAAUUGUUGUAGCUUUGGUGGAUAACUGUGUCACACAGUGAACUUAAGUGUUCCGAGUGGGUCUCAAUGGCAUUCCUUAAGAUGGAAGGCAAAUAAUUCUAAAGCCAUUUACAACAGCAGAUCUUGUUUCGUGACCUUCUGAAUCCUUAAAAUGGAUUAGUAUAGCAGGAUUCAUAUAGCUAAUCCUGACCAGUUCAUAGAGAGUCUAUUAUACCUAAAAACACAGACCAGCAAACUUGUUUGUUUUUGUCAGUUCUUCAAGUAUUACUACGUGUUCAGUUUAA